AUGGCGCUCAAUCGCAAAUACGCCAACCUGCCCGACCUGGACUCGGCACCUGACAUUUACGAAACACCAGACCUCACCGACGACAUUUCGACUGCGCCUACCACCACAGGACCCUCGCAAUCCGAUGACGAGUUCGACGACGAUGACGACGCCCCUGGCAUUUCCCGCUCUCGGCUACGCAUAGACGAGGCAAGGUCCCGUUUCCUGCCAUCCAGCGUUGACGCCUCGGCAGCCGACUUCUCCGACCGCGUCGACGGCAAGCGCAAGUCCUACAAAACGACGACGCGGCGGCAGCGAAUCCUGGAGGAUGGCACGACCGAGAUUGGGGACCUAAGCGAUGAAGACGACGAGGAGCACCUCGACCGGAAGAUCGCGAGGCUUCAGCGGGAAAUCGCCGAAGCCAAAGAAGAGUUUGGCAGGAAAAAGGCCGCCGCCGCUACACAGCCAGCCAUCGCCGCCAGCGACGCGCAGGAACAGAAGCUGGCCUCCCUGAGCCAGGUCAUUGACGAGAUCUCCCGGAGCAUCGAACCGCAUGCCGGCGUCGCGCCCUCGCAAAGGCCGCUGCCGCAGGCAGGCACCGAGGUGCAGCCAGAGGGCCUGCCCGCCACGGGGACCGCUUCCUACACGAUCACAUACGCGCCGACCUACGAGCAGAGCCACGCGCUGGCCAAGGCGGCCGACUUUGACAGACGCCUCGUCCUCCUCGAGAAAGGCAUCGGCAUCGGCUCGGCCGCCCUGCCGGAAGCCGACACCAACGGUCUGCCGCGCGCCAUCCUGCCGACCCUCGACGCGCUGCAGAGGCAGAUUGUCACGCUGUCCCAGGCGUCGACGUCGAACCUCGACGCCAUUACGCGGCGCGUCCGCACCCUGACGCAGGAGGCCCACCAGCUCGAAAAGGCGCGGCAGGGCGCCAAGGCCGCGCGGGAAUCCCUCGGCGGUGGCAGCCCUUCCUCCGCCGAAGACGCCGAGGACUCGGAGCAGACGGCCAAGAUCAACGCCCUCUACGGCACGCUGCCUACCAUUGAAAGCCUGGCGCCCCUGCUGCCGCCGCUCCUCGACCGGUUGCGGUCCUUGCGCGCCGUGCACGCGGACGCCGCGUCCGCGAGCGAGUUUCUCGAGCGCAUCGAGAAGCAGCAGGCCGACAUGACGGCCGACAUGAAGCAGUGGCGGGAGGGUCUGGACAAGGUCGAAGAGGCCGUCCGCGAGGGCGGCGCCACGAUGAGCGGGAACAUGAAGGUCAUCGAGGGGUGGGUGAAGGACCUCGAGGGGCGCGUGGCGAAGCUGCCGUGA